GUUAGCUACACACUUUCUAUCGAACUCGACUGGAUUUUUUUUACGGACUGCAUUCUGUAGAAGUUGGUGGUCGCCCACCUCGCGUUAGCAUUUAAAGUAGAUAUCAGAUGCACAGAAAGGUCUACAAUUAAACCCCAAAGAUUGGGUUUAAAGUUCUGGGUGAAUACAUCAUUAUUACUUGAGUCUCAAGACAAUUGUUGUACAUUGGGAGGCGGCGUUGCUGUAUGUAAUCCAAAUAGAGUCAAAUUUUAAGGUAAAAAUUGUCCAGAUAUUUGGGCCAAUGCCAGUUACAGCUUAUGGUAGGUUUUUUUAAUAUAUGGGAGGAGGAAAUCCAGACAUUUCAGGGUGGGAGAACAUUCACACUCCACAAUUGAAAGGGGCCCGAAUUGGGAAUUGAACCCAGGUCUUUCUUGCUGUGAUGCACUAGUGCAGUGGUUAUUCUUCUUAGCCUGGGGGUGCACGCCCUGGGGGUGCAAGAUGCCCUUUCUGGGGGUACAAGAUGCCCUUUCUGGGGGUACAAGAUGCCCUUUCUGGGGGUACAAGAUGCCCUUUCUGGGGGUGCGAGACAUGGCCAGAUUUUUUUAGAAGGUGCAAAACAAUCUGAGGCCGUAAGAUUCGCAAAGUAACACUCAAGCUUAUCGCCAACGGAGAACAGCGGGGAGGGAUCAUGGAACUCGGCGAGAUCGGCUCCGUUAGUGCUACAUUUGAGAACAUUCCUCUGCACCCAACUCUCAAUCGGGCAUUUCUUGCUGAGUUCGCGAAGCAAGAGACAGAUCCUGCCGAGCAGAAGUUGGAUUUGCUCGCUCUUGAGAAAAUGCUGGACGAUGGAGCGGAUAUCAAUUGCUCUCAUGAACAUGGUCAAACUGCAUUGCAUCAGGUCGCACUCAUUCACAGCGCCAAGGUUGCUAAGUUUCUGCUGGCGAAGGGAGCGGACGCCAACGGGGUUGACGCUCUCGGCUGCACGCCACUGCACGUAGCGGCCACUGCCAACAGCGUCGAGGUGCUGCGAGUUCUGGUGCACAGCGGCGCCAGCAUGGAGGCGAGAACGACGGGAGAGCUGCAGACGCCCUUGCACCACGCGGCCAAGCACGGCGCGACCGCCGCGGUGAAGGCCAUGGAAUUGCACGGGGCGGACGUGCACGCCAGGGACCGCCAGGGCCGCACGCCUCUACACAUAGCCGUGAUGCAUGGCCACAGGGAAACGGCCCAGCUGCUUCUCGACCUGGGGGCCGACUCGAGUGCAGAGGAUGACUUGGGCCAGUCGUGCCUCUCACUUAUUCUGCUCAAGAUGCCCCCCGUGGCUUAUAAGGCUUUAGGUCGGUUCUACGACUGUGACCCCAUUCGCCGGCACCAAAGCUUCAACCUGACAUGCCUGGAGCCAAAGCCUAACGCAGAACACAAGGAGACGUACAGAACCCCGCUGAAGGUCAUCGUCUCGAACCAACUGUUUGACGUCAUUAAACAUCCCUUGGUCAAGAAGUUCAUCGACUUGAAGUGGAACAGCUAUGGAUAUGCAGCGACCUGGUUCCACCUGGUGUUGGAGCUUGUUUACAUCUCACUUUGGACCGUGCUCUGCCUGUCUCUUCCCCUGAGGAGCUCCCACAUGGCUCCCAAGUCCAGAAAGGAUGCGUGGAAGUGGGUGCUGCUGAUGGUGUGCGGGGUGUGGCUGCUCUACAAGGUGGCGCGCGAAAUCUUGGACUUCUUCAAGUCCCGGGCUCAGUUGGCUCGCUGGCGCUGCAAAUACCAGCGCGCCCUGGAGGAAGAUCUGAGCUUCUGCAACCCCAAGUGGCCCCAGGAAGUAGUUUACAUCAGGAGGGAAAUGGAAGAACUAAGUAAUAUGAAAUCAUAUUAUUUGAAUGAUUAUUGGAACAUACACGACUGGCUGGUGAACCUGCUGCUGCUGGCGCUGCUGGGGGUGCAUGCGGUGCACGCGAUCCGCCCGGGCGACGCGGUGGCGCUGCUGCACGUGCGUGUGGCUGCGGUCGCCCUCGUCCCACUUUGGCUGAGCAACCUCAAGCACAUGCGUGCAUUCAGCUUCUUGGGCCCCUUCGUGGUGAUGCUGGGCAAGAUCGUGCGCUACACCUUCAAGUUCAUCUUCCUCUCGGCGCAGUUCUUCAUCCCCUUCUUCUUCUCCUUCUGGAUCAUCUUUGGCAACAACGAGAGCAUACCCUGGAUGCAGACGGUGGACACCAUGCUGUUCACCAUGUUCCGCAUGAGUGUCAUCGACCAUUACCCCUACAUGGAGAUGUGCGCCGUCGACACGCCAAUGACCUACAUCCUGGUGGCCUCCUUCCUGCUCUUCACCGCCAUCCUCUGCAACAACAUCUUCAUCGCUAUGCUCAACUACGCCUUCGCCACGGUGUACCACGACAUGGAGGGGAACGUGUACAUGCAGCGUGCGAGCAUCCUGCUGGAGACGGAGGACGAGGGGGCCCUGCGGGGGCUGCGUGAGAAGGCGCGUCGCCGCGUGCACGGGGAGGGGGCGGCACUGGUCACUCCGUGGGACCCCACGGCCACCGCCGCGGAAAAGGGUCGCGGGGCGGCGUUCGGGAUCAAGGAGGAGCUGGACGACUUUCUCGAUUCCGUGAGAGUCCGGGAUGAUCGCGAGCCGAGUCAGCCGGACGUCAAGAGCAUCGGGCGGCCGCAGAAAAGGGCCGUGUUGCGCUUCCGACGCGAACUCGAGAUCCUGCGCCGGGAGGUGACCAAGCAGCGGCGGGCGCUGGACCGACACUUCCACCACGCGCACCUCGGCCUGCACUCGGCCGUCGACGCGCUGAAGCCGCCCCACGACGCCACGGCAUGAAGGCGCAGUCGCCGUGGGUUGGCGUCGACGAGCGUGCUCGUCGCCCCGUCGUCCCCGUUGAGUGAGUCGCCCCCGUUUGGUGAGUCGUCCCCGUUGAGUGAGUCGCCCCCGUUGGGUGCGUCGCCCCCGUUAGGUGAGUCGCCCCCGUUGAGUUGCGUCGCUCCCGUUGAGUGAGUCAGCCCCGUUGGGUGAGUCGUCCCCGUUGGGUGAGUCGCCCCCGUUGAGUGAAUCGCCCCCGUUGGGUGAGUCGCCCCCGUUGAGUGAGUCGCCCCCUUUGGGUGCGUCGCCCGUGCUCCAAGAGGGCUAUGGAGCCGAGCGAGCUUGGCUGGCAUGAUGGGCCCUCGUGCAAGGAAUGAAGUGGCCCACUCCCCGUCUCCACCCCCCAUCCAAACUAGUCUCCAGGUUCCCAUCUAAUUAUAGCCCGGCACCUGGAUCCCUCUAACCGGUAGGCCGCCUGCUUAGUUGCACCGCCUGCACACUCGAUAGCUACGCCACCGUCGUAACCGCUGCUUGCGUUUAGUUUGUCGUCCUUCCCCCCGCUCCUGCGAUUAGCGCGGUUGGCUACGUACGGUGCGAAAGAAGUUCAACGUACAUACACACAGACGUAAUGGGCAAUGAUUGAACAGGCGUGGCCGAGAUGUCACUCCCUUGGUAGAAUGGUAGGGGUCCGCAUCGCGAAAUUUUGAGUUAAAAUCCAGGCCAGGGUUUGGCUGAACCAUCCAUUGCCAUGAGCACCGCCUGAUGAACAAUCGCUGCGUAAACGUCGACAGAGGUCGUCCCGUGAAUGGAAUGGUCCUGGUAUUGUGCAACUUCAUCACUGCCAACAGAGAUGGGCACGAGGGACGUUUUUACAACCGGCAUGGAACUUUCCUACUUCUACUCACAGUAAACGGUUAGAUGCGGCACGCCCCGGUGCCUCGGGGUUGAGCGGUAGUGCUGCGGGUUGCACUAUACACCUGGUGACCCGAGUUCAAUUCCAGGCCCAUGAAUAACAUCGGCGGUGAGCGAUAUCUAAGUCCUGGCCACGGCCCCUCACCACCAAGCCACACAACCCACCUGAGUGUGCUUGUUUUAAUUGCACACUGCUGCCAACGCGGUGUUUUUGUUACGUGAACACACGCGGCUGUGCGUGUGUACAUGUGCCGUACACACACGCAGUCGCGCUGGCGAGUAUGCACGAGGUCGUGGGUUCGAUCCGACCCUGACAAUGCCUGCUGUGUAUUUGGAGUCUGCAUGUUCUCUCCGUGGUUGCGUGGAUUUUUCUCCGGGUCCUCCGGUUUUCCCCUCUAGAUUUAGAAUCAACAUCACGCGUUUUGAGAGUAUUUUACUACUUUACAUUUCCACGUGAUAGGCCACAUUGGUUGAGCGAUAAUUUGUAAUUGCCAGGUCGCUGCUGAAAAAGAGCUAUAUAGCUCAGUGGGCCUUUAUUUGGUAAAAUAAAAAAAUAUUUGCAUAGUUUAUAGUACAUAUGUGUGCCAUGUGGGGAGAGCAGCGGAGCAGCGGUAAGAGCACUGCACUACGAACUCCGCGAGUUACAUUUUUGUGUGCACGGCUAACAUCGGUGGUGGGUGAUUUUCUGAACGAGUCUAUGCUCUCACCACCCCCUUCACACCCACGCUGACCAGCAUGGCGAGGUAUGGCUCAAACAAUCCCCACGUGGCCGAAACGGCGUGCGGGAGGGCUUUCAAUCCAGAAGCGGAUCGACGCAAAGGGGUGUAAAUGAUGAAGAUCAAAGGGGGUGCUGCGGUGCGACUGCCCGCGCGAACGCAGAGGGAAGGCGGUGAUGGCGCUGCAAAUGCGGCCGUGCUGCAAUUGCUUCAAUAUUAAAAAAGAUCUCACUACUCGGAGGGUUAACGCUGGAGGCCAAAUGUCCUAAUUCCCCUUCAUCGCCGUUAGCCGCUCGCGACGCGCGCGCUUGGUUCGAAACCCGCCGUUGUUGUUG